AUGACCGAAAAGCAGCGCACUCGCGUCUUUUUCGACAUGGAGAUUGGCGGCAAACCCGCCGGUCGCAUCACCAUGGAGCUCUAUGAUGAUCUUGUACCCAAGACAGCCGAGAACUUCCGUGCCCUUUGCACGGGUGAGAAGGGAAUUGGCAAGGCCGGCAAGCCCCUCCACUACAAAGGGUCCAUCUUCCACCGUGUGAUCAAGCAGUUCAUGAUCCAGGGUGGUGAUUUUACCAAUGGCGACGGUACUGGCGGCGAGUCCAUCUACGGCGCCAAGUUCGAGGACGAAGCCUUCCCCAUGAAGCACGACCGUCCUUUUCUCCUUUCCAUGGCCAAUGCAGGCCCGAACACAAACGGCUCCCAGUUCUUCAUCACCACGGUUCCCACACCACACCUCGACAACAAGCACGUCGUCUUCGGCGAGGUUCUCAACGGAAAGUCGGUGGUCCGCAAGAUCGAGAACCUCCCCGCCCAGGCCGGCGACAAGCCCAACAAAGACGCCGUCAUCGCCGACUGCGGUGUCCUGUCGGCCGACGAAGCUCUCGCCGCCGACACCAAGGCUCCCGAUGCCCUGGGAGACACAUACGAGGACUUCCCCGAAGACUGCGCCAACCCCCCCGAGGCCAAAGACGUCCUCACCAUCGCCACCGCCUGCAAGGAUUUCGGCAACCGCGCCUUUAAGGCCGGCGACCUGUCCCUAGGCCUAGACAAGUACCAGAAAGGUCUCCGCUACCUCAACGAGGAGCCCGAGCUCGACGCCCUCCCCGAGGCCGAACGCGGCCCGCUCCAGGCCCAGCUCGACGCCCUCCGCUUCAAUCUCAACAACAACUCGGCUCUCCUCAACGUCAAGCUCGAGGCUUGGGACGACGCCGUCCGCGCCGCCGAAGCCGCCCUCGCCGCGGCCGACCGGAAGGGCGUCGAGAUCAAGGACGCCGACCGCGCCAAGGCGCUCUACCGUCGCGGUUUCGCCUACGUCCGCCUGAAGGACGACGAAACUGCCCUCUCCGACUUGAAUGCUGCCCACAAGCUCGUGCCGUCCGACGGUGCGAUUCUCAACGAGCUCAACGCUGUCAAGAAGAGGGAAGACGCCCGCAUUGCCAAGGAAAAGGCCGCUUUUAAGAAGUUCUUCACCUAA